CGACAGUCACCCAAACGCACCAUCAACUUCUCGCGUUUUCGCGGCGCGUUUUCGCGGCAGUUGAUCUUUCUGAGCGCCGCAGCGACAACAUGGCCGACGUGACAGCGGUGGACGGAGACAAACUCAGCAAAAAGUGUGUCGGCUGACUGGUAGCUCAGCAUGCUGAGUCUGGUCAGGGCAGCCAGGCAGCAGCUGUGCCGAGGGCCCUUUGGGCUCCGGGGACACUGGUUAAAAUGUGGCCCCCCAUGUACAGCUGCAGCCCCAGAUCCUCAGAUUUACGGGGUCCGUUGGAGAGGUGACAAAAGUGAGCUGAAGAGACGAAUGAAAGCCGACAAGAAGGCGGCGGAGAAAGAAGCCAAAGUCAAAGAGCUGGUGGAGCAGAAGAAGGAGGCCAACGACCAGAACGCCUGCGGGCUGGACGAGGAGACGCUCGACCCAAACCAAUACUACAAGAUCCGGACCCAGGCGAUCCAGGACCUGAAGGGGACCGAGCAGGACCCGUACCCUCACAAGUACCAUGUGGACCUGUCACUAACAGACUUCAUAGAGAAAUAUAAUGACCUGCAGCCAGGAGACCAGCUGACUGAUGUGGUUCUCAACGUGUCGGGUCGUGUCCACGCUAAGAGGGUUUCUGGUGCCAAGCUGCUUUUCUACGACCUGCGAGGUGAAGGCGUCAAGCUGCAAGUCAUGGCCAACUCCAGGAACUACAAGUCGGAGGAAGCCUUCGUGGCGAUCAACAACAAACUGCGGCGCGGUGACAUCAUCGGUGUCCGUGGUAACCCCGGGAAGACUAAGAAGGGCGAGCUGAGCAUCAUCCCCGUGGAGAUGACUCUGCUGUCUCCAUGUCUGCACAUGCUGCCUCACCUCCACUUCGGCCUCAAAGACAAGGAAACUCGAUUCCGCCAGCGAUACUUGGAUCUGAUCCUCAACGACUACGUGAGGCAAAAGUUCAUCACUCGCUCCAAAAUCAUCACAUACCUGCGCAGCUUCCUGGACCAGAUGGGAUUCCUGGAGAUUGAGACUCCGAUGAUGAACAUCAUCCCUGGAGGAGCCGUGGCUCGUCCCUUCGUUACCUACCACAACGAGCUGGACAUGAACCUCUACAUGAGGAUCGCUCCGGAGCUCUACCACAAGAUGCUGGUGGUCGGUGGGAUGGACAGAGUUUAUGAGAUCGGUCGUCAGUUCAGGAACGAAGGCAUCGAUCUGACCCAUAACCCAGAGUUCACCACCUGUGAGUUCUACAUGGCCUACGCAGACUACAGCGACCUGAUGGACAUCACAGAGAAACUCCUCUCAGGAAUGGUGAAGCAUGUGACUGGAGGUUAUAAGGUGACGUACCACCCUGAUGGUCCCGAGGGUCCGGCCCAGGAGAUCGACUUCACUCCUCCGUUCAGGAGAGUGAGCAUGACUCACGACCUGGAGAAGAUCAUGGGCGUCAAGUUCCCUCCCAGCGACAGCUACGACAGCGACGAGACGCGUAAAUUCUUUGACGAGUUGUGUGCAAAGAAAGGAGUUGAGUGUCCUCCACCCAGAACCACCGCCCGCCUCCUCGACAAGCUGGUUGGAGAUUUCCUGGAGGUGACGUGUAUCAACCCCACCUUCAUCUGUGACCACCCUCAGAUCAUGAGCCCCUUAGCAAAAUGGCACAGAUCAGAGAAAGGCCUGACGGAGCGCUUCGAGCUCUUUGUGAUGAAGAAGGAGAUCUGCAACGCUUACACUGAGUUGAAUGAUCCGAUCCGACAAAGGGAGCUCUUCGAGCAGCAAGCCCUGGCCAAAGCUGAGGGAGAUGAUGAAGCCAUGUUCAUUGAUGAGACCUUCUGCACAGCUCUUGAAUACGGCCUGCCGCCCACCGCCGGCUGGGGGAUGGGCAUCGACCGCCUCACCAUGUUCCUCACCGACUCCAACAACAUCAAGGAGGUGUUGCUGUUUCCAGCCAUGAAGCCUGACGACAACAAGACGUCGGCGCCCACAGAAGGAACCUCCGUCUAACGACGCCACGUCUGACCUGUCCCCUCAGAUCUGUGCAGGCGUCCGUAUGGAAAAGAAGCCGUUACCUCACUGUGGUCACCAGUGGAGCCUGCAGCUUUUCUGUUUUAUCAAUGUUGGUCUGUCAUGGAGGGAAAUCACCAGUUUAAACAGUAAAACAAUGACGAAUGCUUCUUUUUUUUUUUGUAUUUCUUACACUUUUGCGCUCAUAUUUGCUGCGUCCUCCUUGUUUGACUCUACGGGGACAUUUUAAUCCUCAUUGUUUGUCAUCCAGACAGUAAACGGAUGGUUUUGAUCAGGAAGUCAUUCAUGUGUUGAUCUGCUGUUGUUGUAUGCAAACUUGGAUAAUAUUUUUGAAUAUACUUUGAGAUACUUGAAGGGGUUUUUGAUUCUGACAACCAAAUAUAAAGCAGAGACACAACACAACGAAGCCUGAGCACCUCUGAUAUUUUAAGUAUAUUCAUCUGUUUUAUCAGGUCCUCCUUGUAUUUCCUGUCUGAGGUUUUUCAAGCUAUUACUCCACAUAUUCAAUAUUCUCCUGCCAGGAAGAUUAAAAAGGGUAUGUCUGAAUAAAGUGACUAUGAAUCAACGCUG